GGGACACCAACAACACUUAACUUACUUCCAGCUGUGGACAGGCUGGCGGAGCCCAGAAUGGAGAGACUUAAAGAAUCGCCUAAAAGAGUUUUUAUUAACAACGUAGACUCAUACGCUUCAAAAUGUAUUGCCAAGUUCCUUUCACAAUGUGCGUUCGGAGCGCCUGUUGAUGCUGAAGGAGAGACGGAGACUGAGGAAGAGGAGGAGGAGGGAAGAGUGGGUUCAAAGCAGAGCGGAGAAGGAGCUUUUCACGUUGUUGGAACUGUUUCUGAGGAAGCUGACGAGGGCAGAGCUGCAUAUGUGGUGGACGAGUAUUCAAAACUGAACAGGGAGGAGCUACUUGCAAAACUGAUGAGUUGUGAUGUUGUUAUUUACAACAUUACCCAGCAUGCCGAUCAGGUAGAAGAAGCCUCCUGGGCUGUUUCAGCCCUCCACAAUGAAAUGAGCCAUUUUUCUAAACCGAAGAUGUUCAUCCUCGUCUCCACGGUGAUGACCUGGGCUUGCAGCAAGUCAGUGGAUCCUGAUGAUGAUCCUUUCACUGAUGAGAUUUUCUGGAGAAGGAAAGCACAUCCCAACUUCAAACAACACAUUGACCUGGAGAAGAGGGUGGCCAAAAUGGGCAAAACUAACAUGAAGUUGUUCUCAACAUACGUGGUGGCGUCGGGACUUCAGUAUGGGAUGGGAGAGCAGACCUUCCACUUCUUUUUCAAGACAGCGUGGUUGGGACGUGAAGAUGAAAUACCUGUCUUUGGAGAUGGCAACAACAUCGUUCCCACUGUUCACAUCAAUGACCUGGCAAGUGUGAUUCAGAACGUGAUUGAACAACGGCCCAAGCCGUAUUACCUGCUAGCUGUGGACUAUUCUAACAAUACCAUGGGGGACAUUGUGAAGAACAUUUCCUCUGCACUUGGACCAGGAAAGAUCCAGAAAACACCAGUGGAGGAAGCCUUCCUCACAAAGGACUUGAGUGUAAUGGAAAUUGAUUCCCUGCUGGUUAACCUUCGCAUGGAGGGGGUCUAUCUCAAGGAACUGCUCUCUAUCAACUGGGUGUGUGAGUCUGGUCUGGUGGACAACAUAGAGCUGGUAGCAGAGGAAUACCGGCAGACCAGGGGACUGCUGCCAAUCCGUCUGUGUGUACUGGGUCCUCCUGCGGUAGGAAAGACCACAGUGUCCAAACAGAUCUGUGAACACUACAAACUCCAUCACAUCACACUGAAGGAGACCAUCUCUGAAACCAUCUUAAAACUGGAAGAUACUGUGAGGAAUGCUGGUCCAGAUGCAGAGAGUGAGGACACUGCAGCAGAGGCCCAUGAGCUGCUGAACAGCCUGAAGGACAGUAUGGAGCAGAAUGGAGGUCUUUUGGAUGAGCAGCUGUUGGUAAAGGUGGUGAGGGAUAAGCUGAUGUCUAACCCAUGCAGAAACCAGGGUUUCGUCCUGGACAGCUUCCCUAAAACAUAUGAACAAGCUAAAGAGCUCUUCUACUCUGAAGAUCAUGAAUCAGAAGAUGAACCAUCCCUGAUUUUUUCAAACAGCAAGAGGAUUAUGCCAGAGUUUGUGUUGUGCCUGGAUGCGUCAGAUGACUUCCUGAAGAAUCGGGUGAUGAACUUGCCUGAGAGCCUGGUAAAGGAGCACAACUACGAGCAGGAGCACUUCCUGCAACGACUGGCCAGAUACAGAGAGAAAAACUUGGAAGAUGAAACUGUCAUCAGCUACUUUGAUGAGCUGGACAUCACUCCUAUGUACCUGGAGAUCACCAGUAGCAGUGAACCAGACAGCUUGCUGCUGAUGCAGAAGAUUUUUGACACAGUGGGCCAGCCCAGGAACUACGGCCCCAGCAGCCAGGAGGUGGAGGAGGAGCAGAGGAGGAAGGCUGAGGAGAGGAUGAGGAGGGAGGCCCUGGAAGAAGCCGAGCAGGAGAGGAAGGAGGCAGAGGAGGCCAGACUCAGGGUUGCACGCUGGGAGGAGUGGACUAAGGGUUUGGUGGAGGUGAGGCGGCAGGAGGAGGAGCUGCUGGAAGCCCAGUCGGUCCCUUUGAGGAACUACCUGAUCGAGCACGUCAUGCCCACUCUGACCCAGGGCCUAAUGGAAUGCUGCACAGCCCGACCACAGGACCCCGUGGACUUCCUGGCGGAGUACUUGUUGAAGAAGAACCCCUUAAACCACUGAAAGUAGUCUUGAGGUUGCACCCACAUAUGGUACAAACUGAAAUGAAACCAUUUUUUUUCCUUAGCUCUUCAAUACAUUAAAGACUGAAGUCAAUUGCAUGCAGGAUUCCUAUUAGUAGAAAACCUCCUGGAGUCUUUUAGACUUGUCACAGUAUUUCAGCCAUCACAUGCCAAGUGUCCCUCGGUUCAUGCUGGGAUUUUGAUUAGGUCUGAUUUGUAAGUGGCCCAUUCUCCUGCCCCUGUUGUAUUUACACACAGCUUUGUUUGGGCUCUUGUGUGCCGGCCAUUACUUAAAAGCACCCUAAAAAAGCGUAUGAAAGUGCAUAUGAAGCCAAAAGCUAAUUAGGAAGUUAAUUUGUGUAAUGAACUUGGUAAACUCCAAAGUAGGCAUUCUCGGGUCAUAAUUGCUUUGAUUUGGCUUCCGAUAUCCAGGAAGGAUAAAUGUUACAAAUGGCAGCUCAUUUGCGUCUCUCUCAUGUUGCCACUCGCAACUCCAAAGUGUACAUAAUUGGUUGCGACGGAACACCAAAUUAUUUCAUUGUACAUACUUAAUUACCACAUGGGGAAAUUAGUUGAGUUUAUUUGGGAAACAUUGUGACGCAAGCUGCUGCAAGACAAUUUGACUGCACCAUCUGUGAGUAGCAGGUACAAACACAACACAGAGAGUUCCUGAAAGUGAAUCACACAACUGUGUUUCCUUUCACUCCUGUAGCUCGCUUCAUUUGGACCGAACCAAUGAAAGAAAUGAUGCACUGUUCCCUUUUAGUUCUGGUCCGUUUCAUGUUCACAAUGACUUUUACAUGCAAAACAAGAGGAGUCAAAUGGACUGAUAGUUAACUCUGAUUGGACAUUUUUAAUGACUGUUAUCCUUUAUCAUCAGCGCUACAUGGAUCUGUGGAGGAAAAUCAAAUUCCUCCUUUACUGAAUCCUGUGCAGUAGUACUCUCCAAUGUACUAUAAGGAGUUUUAACUGGUUAUGAAACAGUCUCAGUUUAAUACUGAUGCCUCUAUACGACCUACAUAAAUAAACCUUCAGAUUGGCUAUUUCUAUGUAGUUCUGCUUACUACCUUCCACCGUGAUCACUUCUCACUUCCCGGCUCUAUAUGCAAAUAAACACAAAAGGGAUGUACCCUACUCAAAAUGCUGUCAGUCGAUGUCUAUCAUUACUGUCCUUUUGGUCUCAUGUUUUACCUGCGCUGUUAGCACCCCUGCAGGAGAGAUUCUCCAUGGUGGCUGUGGGAUUUUAUAACUGAACUACAUAAGCAGUAAAAGUGUGCAUCCUGCUCACACAAUAAGACAUCUGAGCUCUAAACUUCUAAAAAUGGUUUAAAAUGGUUUCAAUUCCGAAGAGGUCAAAUUUUACCAAAAACAACAAUUGGAGGAAAAUGCCAAACAAUAAAUAGAAAUCUACGCAGCUGUAAAAUGUAUCCUCCCAUUAUUCAACUCAACUCAGAUGUAUGUGGUGAGCCUGUGGGGGGACAGGAACCACCGGACUAAACUAGCUGAUUGUAUAUAAAGUAGUUCAGACCAGCUCCACCUGGAGCAGCUACAACAGUAGGAUUCUAUGUAUGCAUUAAAGGACCAGUGUGAAAGAUUUAGUGGCAUCUAGAAGCAUAGUUGCUGAUUACAACCCCCUCGCCCCACCC